AUGGAGGCGGCGGAGCUGCGCUGCACGGCGGCCGUGGAGCAGCCGCUGCCGGGGGGCCUCGCCCCGCGCCGCCGCCUGAUGCGGAACGCGACCGUGCUGCUGGGCCGCAACGAGCUGCGGCAGCCCGUGCUGCGGGUGGCCGGCGGCAGCGGCGCGGCGGCGGCGGUGCUGAGCUUCGUGCUGGCCGGUGAUGCCGUGAGGCUCUUCACGCGGUUCGCGGGCGAGGGGCGGGCGGCGGUGCGGGUGGGGCCGGACGGCGCCCAGGUGCUGCUGUCCGACUGCCCCCCGGACGCGCUGCGCCGCUUCCUCCGCCUCCUGCGCGUCAAGGUGGCCGCCGGGCCGCGGGACGCGCCGCGCCGCCCCCGCCUGCUGGAGCGGCCGCCGCCGUCCUUCUCCGUCAUCAGCCCGGUGCAGGAGCGGGACCUGCUAGGCGGCCCCGGCCGCCGCCAAGAGUGCGGGCAGCGCCCGGCGGAGGUGCCCCGCGCGGAGAGGCGGCCCCCGGCGAGGCUCUCGGCGGAGCAGGAGGCGGUGCUGGGCGCCGUGCGGAGCGGGAAGAGCAUCUUCUUCACCGGCUCGGCAGGUGAGCGCUUCUCUCUCGAAGGGACUGGGAAGUCGUUCCUGCUGAAGAGGAUCUUGGGCUCCCUCCCUCCCAACAUCACCUACGCUACAGCCAGCACGGGAGUGGCGGCUUGUCACAUCGGUGGCACAACUCUCCACGCCUUUGCAGGGAUUGGCUCUGGGAAGGCACCGCUGGAACAGUGCAUUCAGCUGGCAGAGAGGCCGGGGGUGCGCCAGCACUGGCUGGCCUGCCAGCACUUAAUUAUUGAUGAGAUCUCAAUGGUGGACGGCAAGUUCUUUGACAAGCUGGAAGCAGUGGCAAGGGCUGUCAGAAAACGGGAUGAGCCUUUUGGAGGAAUUCAGCUAAUUAUCUGUGGGGAUUUCUUACAGCUACCCCCAGUCUGCAAGGCUAAUGAAGAAACCAAGUUCUGCUUCCAGGCAAAAAGCUGGAGGAAAUGCAUCCACAUAAACAUGGAGCUGACUGAAGUGCGGAGACAGACUGACAAGACCUUUAUCUCAAUCCUGAGUGCAAUCCGUUUAGGCAGGUGCACAGAGGAGGUUACCAGACAGCUGAUGCAGACAGCUGCUCACAAGUCUGAGCGCGAUGGGAUCCUGGCUACGAGGCUGUGCACCCAUAAAGAUGAUGUAGAAAUAACCAACGAGAGACGCUUGCAACAGCUUCCAGGAGAAGUGCAUGUGUUUGAGGCUUUGGACAGUGACCCAAUGCUAGUGAAGUUAAUUGAUGCUCAGUGUCCUGUGGGUGGUAGAGUUGAGCUAAAGCUUGGAGCUCAGGUGAUGUUAGCAAAGAACCUUGAUGUGUCUCAAGGGCUGGUGAAUGGGGCACGAGGUGUUGUUGUAGGGUUUGAAAGUGAACAGAAGGGGCUGCCUAAAGUGAGGUUUCUCUGUGGGGUCACACAGCUCAUAAAAAUGGAGAAAUGGGUCAUCAAAGGACCAUCAGGAGUUCAUCUGAGUCGUCAGCAAUUACCUUUAAAAUUGGCAUGGGCCAUUUCCAUUCACAAGAGUCAGGGCAUGUCUCUGGACUGUGUGGAGAUCUCCCUGGCCAGAGUCUUUGAGAGUGGCCAGGCCUAUGUAGCCCUGUCCCGAGCCCGAAGCCUGGCGGGGCUCCGUGUCCUGGAUUUUGACCCCAAAGCAGUGAGAGCUGAUCCUGCUGUGCUGCACUUCUACAGGCACCUGAGGCAUCACCAGCUUCUAGCCCAGGAUUCACUACACACCCAUUCAGAUGCUGAUGAGAAGGAGAACUGGAAAUGCAACUGA